GAACGCAGCUCAUUCAGAGGCUGGAACUUGGGACGAACUUACCCUCCACUUACUGACCUGAAUCGCAGAGGAUAGAAGGCAUGGCUGACCCCCCAGUUAUCAUAUGGGAACGAGAAGUUGAGCGGCUGCUGCAUUACAGAGACCUGAUCCCACGUCUGGAAGAGGCUCUGGGGAAAUUCUCCAGACGAGACAGCGCUGAGGUGAUCCAGCCUGUGCGCACCACGGUGCCCCUGCAGAAACACAACGGCUUCCUGGGGUUGAUGCCCACUUACAUGGAGAAUGACGGAGUCCUGAGCACAAAGUUCGUGUGCUUCUAUAAGAGGGAGGAUGGUUCCACUUUGCCAGCUACUCAGGCCACAGUGGUGCUGCUGGAUCCAGAGUACGGGAACGUCAAGGCUGUCAUGGAUGGAGAGGUCAUCACGGGCAUGAGGACAGCUGCAGCCUCUGCAAUCUCUGCAAAGCUGUUGAUGCGUCCGGAGGCAGAGGUGUUGGCCAUCCUGGGAACCGGCAAACAGGCCCUGAGUCAUUACAAUGCCUUCACUGAAAUGUUCUCAUUUAAAGAGGUGCGUGUGUGGAGUCGCACAAAAGAGAGAGCUGAGAGGUUUACGCACUCUGUCAGUGGUCCUGUGACGGUAUGCGUCUCCGUGGAGGAGGCGGUGAGGGGAGCAGACGCCAUAGUAACAGUGACCAGAUGUACUGAGCCGGUGCUCUUUGGUCAGUGGGUCAAACCAGGAGCCCAUGUGGCAGCGGUGGGAGCCUGCAGGCCAAACUGGCGGGAGCUGGACGACGUGCUGAUGAAGGGGGCCGUGGUGUACGUUGACAGCAGAGAGGGAGCAAUGACCGAGUCUGGUGAUAUCAUACUCUCUGGGGUGGGGGUGUUUGCAGAGCUCGGAGAUGUUAUUAAUGGGACUAAACCUGCUCACAGAGAUAAGACGACUGUGUUCAAAUCCCUCGGAAUGGGAGUUGAAGAUGCAGUGUCUGCUAAGCUGGUAUUUGACCAAUGGAAAGCCAAAAUCAGCAAACCAUGAAGCAGCCACAUACUUCAGUCUUCUCUGUUUAACCUCUAUGGCAAACAAACUGAUCGAGACAUAUUGUGACGUGGGAAAGUAUGAUGGAAAUUAUUUUUUUCUUAUAUUUUCUUACAUACUAUUUUUCUAUGUGUUUGGAAAAAAGAUAAAACACUACAACAGAUCA